CCCUGCUCCCCUGGAAUUCCGUCCUAAUUCCUGAUAUUCCGAGUGUAUAUCCCGUCCCGACCUGCACGCGCUCCCGAAACCCAGCAGACGUGGACACUGACCUCCUGGACUGCCGCUCGCGCACGCUCCUCUCGCAAGAACAUGCCGGAAUUCUGCUUCUCCUUGCCCUCUCCGCUUAUUUUGCUUUAGAGAGUGAGGGGAAGUGGGACUCUGUGUGUGUGUGGUGUGUGUGUGUGUGUGUGUGUGUUUUUGUGGGGGGGUUGGGUAGGACGUUAAACGAGAGCAGGCUGCUAACAGCCACCUCCCCCUUCCCACACUCACCAACACCACCUUCCUUGUGGAUAUCUGUCUGACUCCUUUCCCUCCGAUUUUUUGUUCCGGAUCUUUCUCUCCCGUGGACUUCAGUUAAAGGGGGGAAUCCCUUCUCCUCAGGGCACACGUAUAUCCCUGUUUUUUUCCCCCCGGAGGAGUGGUUGUUUUUUGCUCGGAAUCUCAGGGGAAGAAGAUAGACAGAGAGAAGAGAGGGUUGUUAUCAGUGUGUGUGGGUGAAGGAGGAGUGUGUCUAUUAAACCAUGGAGGUGGAAUGGGAGCCUGAUCCAGGCUACCCUACUCAGGUGGCCUUCAACUACAACCAGCUGGAGGGGCGAUUCAAACAGCUGCAAGAUGAGCGUGAGGCGGUGCAGAAGAAGACCUUCACCAAAUGGGUGAACUCGCACCUGUCGCGCGUCUCCUGCCGCAUCACCGACCUCUACAUGGACCUGAGGGACGGACGCAUGCUCAUCAAGCUGCUGGAGGUGCUCUCCGGAGAGAGGCUGCCCAAGCCCACCAAAGGCCGCAUGCGUAUCCACUGCUUGGAGAAUGUUGACAAAGCCUUGCAGUUCCUCAAAGAGCAGAGGGUUCACCUGGAGAACAUGGGCUCCCAUGACAUCGUCGACGGCAACCAUCGCCUCACGCUCGGUCUCAUCUGGACUAUCAUCCUCCGCUUCCAGAUCCAGGACAUCAGCGUGGAAACGGAGGACAACAAGGAGAAGCGCUCGGCCAAGGACGCCCUGCUCCUCUGGUGCCAGAUGAAGACGGCAGGCUACACCAAUGUCAACAUUCACAACUUCAGCACGAGCUGGCGCGAUGGAAUGGCUUUCAACGCCCUCAUCCACAAACACAGGCCGGAUCUCAUUGACUUUGACAAGCUGAAGAAGUCCAACGCUCACUACAACCUGCAGAACGCUUUCAACCUGGCCGAGCAGCACCUGGGCCUGACCAAGCUACUGGACCCCGAGGACAUCAGCGUGGACCACCCUGACGAGAAGUCCAUCAUCACCUACGUGGUCACGUACUACCACUACUUCUCCAAGAUGAAGGCUCUGAAGGUGGAGGGCAAGCGUAUUGGCAAGGUGCUUGACAACGCCAUCGAGACGGAGAAGAUGAUCGAGAAGUACGAGUCGCUGGCCUCAGACCUGCUGGAGUGGAUCGAGCAGACCAUCAUCAUCCUCAACAACCGCAAGUUCGCCAACUCCCUGGUGGGGGUCCAGCAGCAGCUGCAGGCCUUCAACACCUACCGCACCGUAGAGAAACCGCCAAAGUUCACGGAGAAAGGUAACCUGGAAGUGCUGCUGUUCACCAUUCAGAGCAAGAUGAGAGCCAACAACCAGAAAGUGUACAUGCCACGAGAGGGCAAGCUCAUCUCCGACAUCAACAAGGCCUGGGAGCGUCUGGAGAAGGCGGAGCAUGAGCGGGAGCUGGCCCUGCGCACGGAGCUGAUUCGCCAGGAGAAGCUGGAGCAGCUCGCGCGCCGCUUCGACCGCAAGGCCGCCAUGAGGGAGACCUGGCUCAGCGAGAACCAGCGCCUGGUCUCACAGGACAACUUCGGCUUCGACCUGCAGGCGGUGGAGGCGGCCACCAAGAAGCACGAGGCCAUCGAGACGGACAUCGCGGCGUACGAGGAGCGCGUGCAGGCGGUGGUGGCGGUGGCCAGGGAGCUGGACGUGGAGAGCUACCACGACAUCAAGCGCAUCAACGCGCGCCGAGACAACGUGCUGCGCCUCUGGGAGUACCUGCUGGAGCUGCUCAAGGCCCGGCGCCACCGCCUGGAGAUGAACCUGGGCCUGCAGAGGGUCUUCCAGGAGAUGCUCUACAUCAUGGACUGGAUGGACGAGAUGAAGAUGCUGCUGCUGUCCCAGGACUACGGGAAGCACCUGCUGGGGGUGGAGGACCUGAUGCAGAAGCACGCUCUGGUGGAGGCCGACAUCGGCAUACAGGCCGACCGCGUCAAGGCCGUCAACAACAACGCACAGAGGUUUGCCGUGGACGAGGACGGCUACAAGCCGUGCGACCCGCAGGUGAUCCGCGACCGCGUCUCCCACAUGGAGUUCUGCUACCAGGAGCUGAUCCAGCUGGCGGCCGACCGCCGCGCCCGCCUGGAGGAGUCGCGGCGCCUCUGGAGGUUCUUCUGGGAGACGGCGGAGGAGGAGGGCUGGAUGCGCGAGAAGGAGCAGAUCCUGUCCUCGGACGACUGCGGCAAGGACCUGACGGGCGCGGCCCGGCUCCUCAGCCAGCACCGGGCGCUCGAGGACGAGAUGAGCGGCCGGCGCGCCAAGCUGCACGAGACGGCGCUCGAGGGCGAGACCAUGGCCGACGCCGGGCACUUCGGGGCCGAGCGGCUGCGGGAGCGGGCGACGGAGGUCCGGGAGCGCUGGGCGGCGCUCGAGGCGCUGGCGGCGGCGCGGAAGGCGCGUCUGGAGGAGGCGUGCGCGCUCCACCAGUUCCUGGCCGACGCCGACGACGCCGACGCCUGGACGCUGGACGCGCUGCGCGUGGUCUCCACGGGCGACCUGGGCCACGACGAGUUCUCGACGCGCGCCCUCGCCAAGAAGCACCAGGGCGCCGCCGAGGAGGUGGCCAGCUACCGGCCGGCGCUCGACGCCCUGCACGAGCAGGCCAGGGCGCUGCCGCCGCGCCACGCCGACUCGGACGAGGUCAAGGGUCGCCUGGCGGGCAUCGAGGAGCGCUACGCCGAGGUGGUGGAGCUCACCAGGCUGCGCAAGCAGGCGCUGAGCGACGCGCUGGCCUUCUACAAGAUGCUGAGCGAGGCCGAGGCCUGCGAGGUGUGGAUCGACGAGAAGCAGCAGUGGCUCGACCACAUGGAGAUCCCCGAGAAGCUGGAGGACCUCGAGGUCGUCCAGCACCGGUUCGAGAGUUUGGAGCCGGAGAUGAACAGCCAGGCCUCUCGUAUUGCUGUGGUCAACCAGAUCGCCAGGCAGCUGAUCCACAACGGGCACCCAAGCGAGAAGGACAUCAAGGCCCAGCAAGACAAGCUUAACACCAGGUGGAGCCAGUUCCGUGAGCUCGUGGACCGCAAGAAGGAGCUCCUGCAGUCGGCGCUGGGCGUGCAGAACUACCACCUGGACUGCAACGAGACCAAGUCCUGGAUCCGGGAGAAGACCAAGGUGAUCGAGUCGACGCAGGAGCUGGGCAACGACCUCACGGGCGUCAUGGCCCUGCAGCGCAAGCUGACGGGCAUGGAGCGCGACCUGGCCGCCAUCGAGGACAAGCUGGGCGACCUGAAGGGGGAGGCCGGGCGCCUGUCCGAGGAGCACCCGGACCAGGCGGGCGCCAUCACUGGCCAGCUGGCCGAGAUCGGGUCUGUGUGGGAGGAGAUGAAGGAGACGCUCCGGGCGCGCGAGGAGUCGCUCGGCGAGGCGUCCAAGCUGCAGGGCUUCCUGCGCGACCUCGACGACUUCCAGGCGUGGCUGUCGCGCACGCAGACGGCCAUCGCGUCCGAGGACAUGCCCAACACGCUGGCCGAGGCCGAGAAGCUGCUGGCGCAGCACGAGGCCAUCAAGAACGAGAUCCGCAACUACGAGGAGGACUACCAGAAGAUGCGCGACAUGGGCGAGAUGGUGACGCGCGGCCAGACGGACGCCCAGUACAUGUUCCUGCACCAGCGGCUGCAGGCGCUCGACACCGGCUGGAACGAGCUGCACAAGAUGUGGGAGAACCGGCAGAACCUGCUGUCGCAGUCGCACGCCUACCAGCUGUUCCUGCGCGACACCAAGCAGGCCGAGGCCUUCCUCAACAACCAGGAGUACGUUCUCGCCCACACGGAGAUGCCCACCACUCUGGAGGGGGCGGAGGCGGCCAUCAAGAAGCAGGAGGACUUCAUGACCACCAUGGACGCCAACGAGGACAAGAUCAACGGCGUGGUGGAGGCCGGCCGACGACUGGCCAGCGACGGCAACAUCAACGCCGAGAAGAUCCAGGAGAGGGUGACGUCCAUCGACGACAGGCAUAAGAAGAACCGUGAGGCGGCUGUGGAGCUGCUGAUGAGACUGAAGGACAACAGAGACCUGCAGAAGUUCCUGCAGGACUGCCAGGAGCUGAACCUGUGGAUCAACGAGAAGAUGCUGACUGCCCAGGACAUGACGUAUGACGAGGCGCGUAACCUGCACAGCAAGUGGCUCAAGCACCAGGCCUUCAUGGCAGAGCUGCAGUCCAACAAGGAGUGGCUGGACAAGAUCGACAAGGAGGGGCAGCAGCUGGUGGCGGAGAAGCCGGAGACGGAGGCGGUGGUCCGGGAGAAGCUGGCCUCGCUGCAGAAGCAGUGGGAGGAGCUGGAGUCCACCACGCAGACCAAGGCCCAGUGCCUGUUCGACGCCAACAAGGCCGAGCUGUUCACGCAGAGCUGCGCCGACCUGGACAAGUGGCUGGCCGGCCUGGAGGGGCAGAUCCAGUCGGACGACUACGGCAAGGACCUGACCAGCGUCAACAUCCUGCUCAAGAAGCAGCAGAUGCUGGAGAGCCAGGUGGAGGUGCGUCAGCGCGAGGUGGUGGAGCUGCAGUCGCAGGCGGUGGCGCUGAGCCAGGAGGGCCGGGACACGGAGGAGGUGGACGGCCAGCGGCAGGUGGUGGAGCAGAAGUUCUCGGAGCUGCUGGACCCGCUGAGGAAGAGGAAGAACCUGCUCCAGGCCUCGCGCGAGAUCCACCAGUUCAACCGCGACGUGGAGGACGAGAUCCUCUGGGUUGAGGAGAGGAUGCCCAUCGCCAUGUCCACUGACCACGGGCACAACCUGCAGACUGUCCAGCUACUCAUCAAGAAGAACCAGACCCUCCAGAAGGAGGUCCAGGGCCACCAGGUGCGCUUCGACGACAUCUUCGAGCGCAGCCAGAGCCUGGCGGGCGACGAGAGCUCCAGCGCGGAGGUGAUCCGGGCGCGGCUGGCCGAGCUGCAGGACCUGUGGGACCGGCUGGCCGACGAGACGGCCAAGCGCCACGGCCGCCUGGAGGAGGCGCACAAGGCCCAGCAGUACUACUUCGACGCCGCCGAGGCCGAGGCCUGGAUGAGCGAGCAGGAGCUCUACAUGAUGUCCGAGGAGAAGGCCAAGGAUGAGCAGAGUUCGGUGGCCAUGUUGAAGAAGCACCAGAUCCUGGAGCAGGCGGUGGAGGACUACGCAGAGGCCGUCCACCAGCUGUCCAAGACCAGCCGGGGACUGGUGGCCGCGGGACACCCAGAAAGUGAGAGGAUAGGUAUGCGUCAGUCGCAGGUGGAUAAGUUGUACGCGGGUCUGAAGGACCUGUCGGAGGAGAGGAGGGGGAAGUUGGACGAGAGGUUCCGUCUGUUCCAGCUCAACCGCGAGGUGGACGACCUGGAGCAGUGGAUCGCCGAGAGGGAGGUGGUGGCCGGCUCGCACGAGCUGGGACAGGACUACGAGCACGUCACGAUGCUGCAGGAGCGCUUCCGCGAGUUCGCCCGCGACACGGGCACCAUCGGCCAGGAGCGCGUGGACAGCGUCAACCGCAUGGCGGACGAGCUGAUCAACGCCGGGCACGCCGACGCCGCCACGGUGGCGGAGUGGAAGGACGGCCUGAACGAGGCCUGGGCCGACCUGCUGGAGCUCAUCGACACGCGCACGCAGAUCCUGGCCGCGUCCUACGAGCUGCACAAGUUCUACCACGACGCCAAGGAGAUCCUGGGCCGCGUGCUGGACAAGCACAAGCGGCUGCCCGAGGAGCUGGGCCGCGACCACAACACCGUGGAGACGCUGCAGCGCAUGCACACCGCCUUCGAGCACGACAUCCAGGCGCUCGGCACGCAGGUGAAGCAGCUCCAGGAGGACGCGGCGCGUCUGCAGUCGGCGUACGCCGGCGACAAGGCCGAGGACAUCCAGCGGCGCGAGGGCGAGGUGCUGGAGGCGUGGCGCUGCCUCCUGGAGGCCUGCGACGGGCGCCGCGUGCGCCUCCUCGACACCGGCGACAAGUUCCGCUUCUUCAGCAUGGUGCGCGACCUCAUGCUGUGGAUGGAGGACGUCAUCCGCCUCAUCGAGGCCCAGGAGAAGCCCAGGGAUGUCUCCUCUGUGGAGCUCCUGAUGAACAACCACCAGGGCAUCAAGGCCGAGAUUGACGCCCGCAACGACAGCUUCACUGCCUGCAUCGAGCUGGGCAAGUCCCUGUUGGCGCGCAAGCACUACGCAUCGGAAGAGAUUAAAGAAAAGUUGCUACAGUUGACGGACAAGAGGAAAGACAUGAUUGACAAGUGGGAGGACAGAUGGGAGUGGCUAAGAUUGAUUCUGGAGGUGCACCAGUUCUCUCGGGACGCGGGGGUGGCGGAGGCGUGGCUGCUGGGGCAGGAGCCCUACCUGUCGGCCGGCUCCAUGGGCCAGAGCGUGGACGAGGUGGAGAAGCUCAUCAAGCGCCACGAGGCCUUCGAGAAGUCCGCCGCCACCUGGGAGGAGCGCUUCUCAGCGCUGGAGAGACUGACUACGCUGGAGCUACUGGAAGUGAGAAGACAGCAGGAGGAGGAGGAGCGCAGGAGAAGACCCCCGACCCCGGAGCCGGCGCUCGAGGACGGAGAGGCGCAGAGGGAAGGAGAGCAAGUGACUCAGAACGGACUGCCGUCGGAUCAGGAUUCACCACGGGACGGCGUGGACGGAGGGGAGAUAGUGAACGGCGUGGCCGAGCGGAGCUCCAAGGAGCCCAGCCCCAUCCCGUCUCCCUCCGGCCGGCGGGCCAAGGGGGGCAGCCAGGCCUCCACGCUGCCGGCCAAGGGCCAGGACUCGCCCGCCGCCCAGCUGGAGGGCCUGCUGCACCGCAAGCACGAGUGGGAGGGACACAACAAGAAGGCCUCCAACCGGUCUUGGCAUAACGUCUACUGCGUGAUCAACAACCAAGAGAUGGGCUUCUACAAGGACAAUAAGAAUGCCAGCCAGGGCAUCCCCUACCACAACGAGAUCCCCGUCAGCCUGCGGGAGGCGGUGUGCGAGGUGGCCACCGACUACAAGAAGAAGAAGCACGUCUUCAAACUCAAGGUUACGGACGGUAACGAGUAUCUCUUCCAAGCCAAAGACGAUGAGGAGAUGAACACAUGGAUCCAGGCCAUCCAGAACGCCAGCAUGGGCUCCGCCUCCUCCGAGAAGUCGGAGAUCACGCCCAGCAGCAACCAGAGCACCCCGGCAACCAGCCGCGCUCAAACACUGCCGGCGACCGUCACCCUGACAACCGAGUCGAGCCCGGGCAAGCGCGAGAAAGACAAGGAGAAGGAGAAAGAGAAACGCUUUAGCCUCUUCAGCAAGAAGAAGCAGUAGAGACUCCCUCUAUCUAUCUAUCUAUCGAUCUAUCUAUCAAUCUAUCUCUCGCUCUCUCUAUCUCUCUUUCUUUGUCUCUGUCUUUUCUUCUCCAGUCAAAACAGACAUUCUAACUCCCCCUCCCCCCCACCCCACCCCACCCAUUCCUAUCCCACUCCUCCACACACACAUACACACACAAACACACAGACACACACACACACCUCUUUUAACCCUGUUCCUCUCUCUUCUUUUUUUCAAUUUCUCUUUUUCUUUAAUUCCUUUGUUCUUUUUUGUAAUGCUUGUGUGUGUAUCCACAGCAGUGAUGUUCCAGCAUGCAAGCUCGAGAACCAGUACACCACUCUCUGUGCCUAUGGGUUCCCUAAAUUGGGUUCGAAAUCUAUUACAAACAAACAAACAAAAACAAACAAACAAACAAACAAACAAAAAAAAAACAGGAAAUGAGUAAACAACUUAAAGUGAAGGUGAAAUAAAAUGAAGUGAAUAAAAAAUGUAACAUUUGAGCUGUUGGAAGUUCAGUGUGUUGGGAAGCCCCCAUCUUGAAGACAAAUGUUUUAAGGACCAGAUUGUUUUUUUUUUUUCAAUACUUUGGUUUUUAUCGGUGUUACUGUUAGUAUUAUAAUCUUGAAUUUCAAUGUUAUUUCUGGAUCAAUUUUAUUGAUAACUAUUUUUUUGUAAUUGUCUAUCACCAAAGGGGUCUUGAAGUUUUGAAACAUUUCCUCAAUUUUGUGAGGCUGUCUCGCCAGAGGUGGUUGGCGUUCUCCAAUCACUCUUGACAAAGCAGAUCGACAUUCUAUAGAAUUGCUUCUAUAGAAUCUCAUCUGUUUCCUUGACAGUGAAGGAGUGCUAUUUACAAAUUCCAGUCAAAACGGACCCGAAGCGCAAUGUCCAUUACACCAGUACAGCUAUGAACUCUUCACAAAUAGGCUUUCAGCUAGAUCCUCCAUGCAGAGAUUAAAACACGAUAGAUUAUCGCUGAUUAGAACGAGGUUUCAAUUCACAAUUCGCUCCGAUCCAGAGGCAAAAUUGCGGUUCAGAUUGUGAAAGGUGGCAAGACUUAUGUAUACAAUGUUAUCUCAGUCUGUCCAGAAUGUUCAAUGGAGGGAACUUGUAACCCUACUAAUUUUUUGUUUUUAAAAUAUAUAUGUUUUACAUUUUAAUUUUCCCUUUUUUGCUUGUCCCAUAUUGUUUAUAUGUUUGUUGACUGUCAUUCCUUUUGAGUUGCAUCAUAAUAUAUGUUUCAAAUAAGCCUAGUACAGAGUAUAAACAAAAGCUAGCUGUAUAAUAAACACUUUAACUAAACAUUGAUGUUAGUUGGGUGGGUGGGGGGAAAAGCAUUUACUGGGAAUUAAAAAUGUAAUAAUACAUCAAAAUAAACAAAAAAGUGGGGAGAAAUAAAUCUUUUAAAAUACGGUUGCUUGCUUGUUGGCUUCAGCACUGUGCAUUAAUAUUUUUUGUAUUUUUGUUUAUUUUUUUUUUUUUUGCUACAUUAUUCUGCUCUUUUCAUACAUAGUGUGCAUUUCUUCCGUCACUGUAUCUAUUGUACCGAGACAUUAAAAAAAAAAAUAAACGAAUGAAUUUUCAUCUUUACUGCACAAUCAGAAAACGUAAAAAAAAAAUAAACGAAUAAAUAAAAAAGACAUAAUAGGAAUGGUAUCCAUACAGGGCCACCGGGUGUAUAUGUAAAACUCUGGCCCUGGGCCUUUCAGAUGUAUGAAACUGCACCUGUAAACCUCUACCCCCUCUUUCUCUGGUAAAUAUGUGCGAUGUCAUUAAAAUGCUUUUAAACAUUACAA